AUGGUGGAGUUGAAAAAUCUACCCCUUUCGACAAACUGGUUGCUGGAUAAUUGUCCUAUCAAUCUAAAUGAAAUAAAAGCGCUUUAUGCCAGCUUUCACAUUAACUUCAUUGUCUUCGUUUACGUAGAACAGGACGAAGUCAUUUUUAGGGCUGUGGAAGAAGGCUGGGAUUCGAAUGAUCUGCCACUAAAACUUGCCCAAGCCGACUACGAGUUAUCGCAAAUGCUGAAAUUCUUUCAAAAUGUGGGCUGUAAAGUAUGCGGGAUAAAGACUGGCUUCUGUGAGGAUGUCAAUCCGGCAAUUUCUAAAGCCCUCGAAGAUUUUCUACACCAGGCGGAUGUUGCUCGGCUUCGAGAGUUAAAAAGGGCGUCAGAUGCUGCAUUUACCAAGAGCCUGAAUCAGGCGCUGGCGGAACUGCGACUGCAACGUCUGAGCAUCAUCGAGCACCUCACUGAAUGUGAAAAGUUCAUGUCAUCUUGUGUGAGGAGGCCCAGCCAGAGGCAGGAAUUUGUGGACAACUUCCAAAAGGAUUUCAAUGCAAUUCCGUUUGAACUGUUGCAAGACGAGGAGACAAAGGCCGAGCGUCACCACCGCCUAUUCGAACUUUGCUGUGCUCUUCGAAAGGUGACUGAGUCGCGAAGCCAGGAAAGUCAAGAUGUAUUGAAAGAACUCACUGAAAGUCAUAGUUGGUAUGCGAACAAGCGGGCUAUCAUCAGUAACAUCUUCUGUGUCAUGCUUCAAGCCGAACUAGACAAGUGGCAAUUCAGGGUUGCAUUAAUACAGGCGUUCUUCGGGUCAGGCCGGAAUGAGGAAGUUAUACCGGAGGAAAAUAACGUGGCAGCCAGUUCAUUCCAACUGCCAAUGCUUAAGCCUCCAGGGCUGUGUAUUCCAGAAGGCUCUCCCAAUCCCUCUGGUGACUUCAAGUCACGGCGGACCCGGGCAUCGAGCUUUGCGGUGGGCAGGCGGAAACCGCGGGUGGUUUCGUAUGAGCCGGAGCUCUCACAUUCCGAGGACGGCGUCAAGCCGCUGCCGAUGCAGUUUAUUCUUAACGAGGAACUAACGAGCGAAGACAUGUUGUCACUCACGCACGAAACGCAAACCUCGAAGGCACCACUAGAAACUGGACGUAAACGCUCGACACAACCCACUCCAAGGAAGAAGGUGGACAGAAAAUCUGCCAGGAAGAAACCAAGUCAACCUCAACCGAACGACUACUUGCUUGGUAAACAGGAGGAGCCUCCCGACAAUGAUCUUCACUUCUUCCACGAACUCGUCACGUGCGCCCUCAAGUGUCUACAGAUGAGGGAUCAACCGAGCAUUAAUGAGUUAUGGCCUGAGCCUGUGACGUUUCUUUCGUACGAUUUAGCUGAAAGAAGCUCGCUGCGUUUGCGACUGAUCCGCAACAUGGGACUGCAUUUAUUGGGCGAAUUCAAGGAAAAUGUCCAUCGAUUUCAAACAGCAGCAACAAGCUGGAUCGAUUGGACAAACCAGAAAUCUGAAGAAGCGUAA